CUCUUCCAAUUUUCUCAAGAGUUAUUAUCAUUCAGAAAAUCCCAAAGCCAUGGCUGAGUGGUCUCAGCUGCCUAAAGACCUACUAGACCUCAUUGCUAAACACCUCGACUCCGAAUUCGAUCUCCUCCGAUUCCGAUCCGUCUGUUCCUCUUGGCGAUCCUCUGUUCUAUCCAAUCCCUUCUCAUCCCCUUCCCGCUUCCCUAUCCUCCCAAACGAUGGAAUCUCCGACACCACCUGGGGUUUCUAUCUCUCCAAACGCACCAUUUAUCGUAUUGGAUUACCCCAACCCUAUCCCCAAAAAUCUUGGCUCAUCAAAUUGGAAAAAGACAACCCACAGAGAAUGCAUUUGUUGAAUCCCCUCUCAAAAUCUGAAUUCAAACCUCUUCCUUCUGAUUUCCCCAAACCUUUUGAUUUAUCAAAUUUUCGGGUGUUUGAAUUAGGACAUGAGUAUACUCUUCAGUACAUAAAUUAUUGUCGGCCAAGGAAUUCGAUUAGCGAUGCUGGAAAUUUGUAUAUGGAGAAGAUUGCAUCUUCUGGGUUGGGAAUUGAUGCGUUUGUGCUUUUGACCAUUCACGUGUCGGGCAAGCUAGUGAUGUUGAGGUCUGGCGAUAAGAAAUGGAGUUUAGUGGAUGAUUUGUCUCCAUUGUAUGAUGAUGUGAUAUUUUAUAAAAGUGAGUUUUAUGCUGUGGAUGAUACGGGACAAACUGUAGUGGUUGAUGUGGGUUUACCUCCCAGUGUGAGUGUUGUUGCACAUUCGGUUUUUGGUGGGGAUAAGAAGGUAUUGGUGGAGUCAUGUGGGAAUUUGUUGUUAGUUGAUGUGUAUUUGAGUGUUGGGCCUGAGGAUGAUCUGGGUUACGUGGAAGAAUUCGAGUUUUAUGAGCAGUUUGAUUGCUAUAUCAGUGAGAGGACGGUCAGGUUCAGGGUUUUUGCGUUGGAUAGAAGUGGGGAGAAGUGGGUUGAGGUGGAGAGUUUGGGGGAUAGGAUGUUGUUUUUGGGUGACAAUUGCACGUUUUCGGCCUCAGCUUCUGAUUUUCCCGGGUUUAGAGGGAAUUGUAUAUUCUUUGCGGAUCAGUUCUUUUAUUCAGGUAGGGAAGAAGAGGGGGUGUUGAAGAGUCGAGGCAUUGGUGUGUUCGAUUUGGAAACUGGCAGUAUUGGUCCAUUAGCUGAUUAUUCUGGUUAUUCAGAGCUGUUUUGGCCACCCCCUGCUUGGGUUACUUCGACCUCAAAUACGUUGGAAGUGGGAUUAAAUCAGCUCCAAAUUUAGCUUUGCGAACGUCCCCUUUUCCUGGGGGAAUAUGAGAAGGAAAGCAGACGGGUUGGAUGGAAGCCACGAUAAUAUGCUUUCCCCAGACAAUUACCUCUUUGCUGUUUAUGUCGUAAAUUAAGGGCAAUGUUGAAUAAUGCCUUUCAAAAGAAAGUACGUUCACUAACAAGGAAAAUAAUUUAAUUUUUAAUUUUUUUUGGUUUAAAAUUGGAAGUUUGUUUGAUGAUUGUUUCUUAAAAGUAAUAUAUGUGGGUCUUGAUCUUGAUAUAUUUACAAUACACUAAUAUGUGCAUUUGUGUACAGUCAAAUCACUAUGGCUUG